AUGGCCGACAACGACCGUGUGCGCCUCCACAUCACCCCCUUCAACCCAUCCUUACUGGAACGAUACAUCCCGGCCUCACUCCAGCCGCAAGCUUCGAACAUAUCAUUUCACACGAUUGAAACUUUUCCCGAGCGCGGGUUCGGCUACGUGGAACUGCCGGUGAUGGAGGCGCAGAAGCUGAAGAAGAAGCUAAAUGGCACUACGUUGAAGGGCGCAAAGGUGAAGAUCGAAGAAGCAAAGCCGGAGAAGAAGCGCAAAGUGGCACCGACAGAAGACGUGGACGAGGACGAUGCAAAGGCGCGCAAGAAAGCCAAGAAGGAGAAGCGGAAACGGGAGGAAGGAGUGUUGCCGGGACAUCAGCUUGCAGAAGAUCGGCACAUCAAGCGAGGAUGGGCAGAAGACACCAAGGCUAAGAAGCCGAAGGAGGAUGGUGAGAAGGACAGUAUAGAGGGCAAGAAGUUACGCUUCAAGACUGUUGUGCCGCCGAACAAAGUGUCAGAGGAGAAAGAUUCUAAGAAAAGCAAGGCGCAAGAAAAGAAGGAUGAUGCCGACAAGAAGAAGAAAAGCAAGCCUGGGAAAGAGGCUGUGGUGAAGGAGUUUGCGAAGAAUCUGAAGCUAGGCUACAUAUCUGGGAGGGGUAACAAGACGGCUACGAGGUAUGAAGAAGGUACUGGUUGGGUUGACGACAGCGGAGACGUGAUUGAGGCAGAACCGGAGGCCAAGAAGAAAAACAAGCGAAGUAAGAAAGUGGAGGAGGUGGCAGAGACUGAGCCUGGUCCCGAAGCAGAGGUCCUUGUGGAGACUGGAAUCGAUGCUGAAGUUGGUGCCGCAGCGUCUGAUCCCGAGGGCGAGUCCGAUGUAGACGAACAGCCUGCCCUCCCAGAGCCGCCAAAGUCGAAGAAAGCGAAAAAGGCCCUAUCACCAGAACCCGAAGAAGCAAGCUCGUCUUCCGACUCCGGAACUGACGUCUCCUCAGAAAGCUCUGUGUCAUCGGACAGCGCUUCGGAAAGUUCAGAUUCAGAAGAAGAAGAAGAGGACGAAGAUGAACGUGUGGACCGCCAACUCAACGAAGCUAAGAGCAACACCGCCACCAACACAUCAGUCGAGCGUGAACUUCAGAACUCCAUACCCAUUGAUGGAGCGAUACCUUCAGCAGAAGCAGUAGCAUUCGCAGCCUCCUUCAAGCGACGAUCAACGCCUCAACAAGAACCCACUCCCAAGCCCCAAAAGCCAACCCCUAUUGACACAUCCUUCAACUUCUUCAGCAGCGACCCAGCAGACGAAGACGACGUCAUGACCGAAACACUGAUCCCACAAACACCACGCACAAAAGAAGACCUCGAGUGGCGCAGCACACGCUCCGCCGCGCCCACGCCUGACACCGCUGCGAUCGGGAAGGUCUUCGAUUUCUUCUUCGCGACAGAAGAUGCCUCUGAUGCGGAGAUGGAGGAUGCGGAAGGCGAUGUCACGCUUGAUGCCGUGGCUGAGAACGAAAAAGCCGAGGGCAAGAGGGAGGAGAGCGAGUUCAGGAAGUGGUUCUAUGAGAAUCGAGGCGAUCUGAACCGGGCGUGGAAGAAGAGACGGAGGGAGGAGAAGAAGAUUUUGAGACAGAGGGAGAAUAGGAAGUUGAGUAGGAGGAUUGCAUAG